GUAUUUUAUCGUACGGUACUGUGUUCAGAAACUCAUCGAAACGUAUGUUUCUGCAAACUUUUUGCGAGCGGUUGUACAUACGGUGGCCAGGUGUAAAUUGUGUGAAUAUAUACGUGUAGGACGCACGACGCUGUUGAAAUCACGCUUUAUUAUGAAUUUCGCGGCGAAAUAACGCGAACGUGAAACGACGAAGGUCGCCGCUAGCGUCGUCGAGUUUUGCGGCUCGACGUAGUCGAAUUCCCGGUGUUGAAUAUCGUUCGACGGGUGCGUAUCACCCGCGUGCCACUUGGCGCGCCGCGCGUGAGAGCAAUACUAUUCGCGCGUUCUCUUUCUCGCGGUCCUUCGUUUUCGCGGAGAUUCGCUGCUUAUCGCAUCGUCGAAGAAACCGCGCCAACGCUGUGGCCGUGUCGUUGCUGUCACCAUCCUUGUCGAAAUGCCGCUGCUGCGUAAACAGCCAUUUCAGCGUCUCCACGUUUCCUCCGACUUCAGGGAUGACGAUGAAGUAUUCUAUUGCGAGGUUACAAAUGAGAUAUUCAAGGACUACAAUGAAUUUUGUGCACGUAUUAUUUUAUGCAAUUCACUUAUUUGGUCAUGCAGUAUCACAGGAAGAACUAGUAUGACAUUUCAAGAAGCUUUAGAAUGUGAAGAAAAUGCAAAAAAGAGCUUAAAAGAGUUUCCAAUGGAGCUGCGCAUUCCCAUAUUAUAUCUUGCUAGCAAAACAAAUAGAUUCUCUUUUAAUGAAAUGAUUGAGGAUGUUUAUCAAUUUGCGAGGGAUCGCUAUUUUGUAGGAGAAAUGGUAGAAGCAAGUUUUACUGAAGAAUCUUGGUGUAAUUGCCAUGUUCUUCAAGUUAUUGUACCUUCUGAGCAACAAGUUAAUGCAUACCUCAAUGAAAACGGCAGAAGUUUGCAAGAAAAUUAUUAUCAUCCACCUGCAAAGUUAUUUCGUUAUGAGGUGGAACAGUUAGAUUCUGGAGAUUCUGAUGUCAGUCAGCUUAUGGUAGUAGAAGCAUCUCAAGUUAGAAGACGAAAACAGCAUUACAGCAGAGAGCGUAAUAAAAUAUUUCUUCGUCAACUCUGCGAACAAAAUACUAGCAGUAUCUGGGUGGUCAAGGACAGUGUUUUGAAAAAGUAUGGAAUCAACAAAGUUCGUUUUGAUACUAUAUUUGCUGGAACACUUCCAGAUUUCACAGUGCGUGUAAAAAAAUCUGUCAAACAAAAACAGGAGUCUAUAAAUAAAUUUCUCACCACGGAUGUGUCUAAGCAAAAAACGCUAGAGAAAACGGAUCUUCAGAAAAAAGUUAAUGAUACCGGAAAGGUUAGUGAAGGUGGUGUAGUAGUGAAAAAAUUUCGGAAACCAAGAACAAAUGGCAAAUUCAAGGAAGAGCUCAAGGCAAAAGCACUGGAAGAGAAAGCAAAACGUAAGGAGGAAAGGGCAUUGAAAAGCGAGCAUUUAAAAGAAAAGAAGCAAAAAUUAGCAGCUUUAGCGGCAUACAUGAAACAAUGGAAUAAGCCGAGAGAAGAUCUCGAAUGUGAAGAUCUUUGCCCCAUUCCUGAACCUACUAUUAUUAAAUGCGGUAUACCAAACGAAAAGUUUGGUGAUUUUGCUAUGAUAUUAGAAUUUCUUCAAUUCUUUAAUGAAGAAUUAGAAGUGUCUGUAUAUUUUGCUGGCGGCUUUACUUUAGAAUUAUUGGAGAAGGCAUUGUUGAUUAAAGAAGUAUCUGGCCCUUGGAGCGAUCUACUACAACUGCUGUUAAUAAAUAUAUUUAAAUAUCAGAAAGAGGAAGACAAUGAAAUAGAUGCGCAAGCAGCGUCUAUUUUGUUGGAUGAUAUUAGUCCUUACGAAGGUGCAUCGUCGAUGGCAAAAGCUGUAAAACUCGCUACAAUAGCUUCUAGAUGGUGUCCGACUUAUCAAGGAUGCAAAUUAUCAGAACUGACAAUGGAUCAUGUAACUCUGAGUGAAAUAUUGAGGCAACAUUUAUUGAGCUCUGGUGGACGCAUAAGCGAAGCCGCUUCAAAAUGGCGAUACUCACAGAAAGGUGGCUACACAAACUUUGAUGAACCAGCUCUUCUUUUGAGAAUAAACGAAGGUUACAUUUUACGAUUGUUGGGCCACAAAAAUGUCUGCGAGUUCGAUUUAGACGACAAAAUAAAAAUUGCGACGUGUUUGAUUAAUCAAUUGCUUACAUUCGCACCGAUACGCGAUGCGAUUGAGGAACGACACGAUAAAUUGCAUCAAGCGAAAAGGGAGCUGAAAUUGUUCUUGCAUGCAGAGCAGAAGAAGGAGAAGGAAGAGAAGGAAAAAAUGAGAGAACGUGAGAAGGAAGGCAAAUUUGAGGAGGAAGAUUCUAAGCCGAAGAAAGUGACGCGUGGUAAUUAUGAGGAAGAGAAGAAAAAGGAAGAAUAUGAGAAUAAGCUAAAAGAGCUACAACAAGCAUCAAGAGAUGAUAAAAUGAUGCUUUAUUUGGGUGCAGAUAGAGCUCAUCGAAGAUACUGGAGAUUUUUAUCUAUACCAGGGAUAUUCGUAGAAAAUGACGAAUGGUGGGCUGGAAAUUGCCUUCCUGAGGGUACGCCGCAUCACCCGGAGCUGCAAGAUAAAGAAGCGACAUAUGCAUAUCUAAAAAAUAAAUUCGAAGACGAAUUCAGCGACAAGGAAAAUAGUUUCAAAAAAUCAAAAAAAUCUCCGAAGAAACUUGUGUCCUCGGACAAAAAUGGCGUGAAAUCGCAACGCAAGGAAGCAAAUCGAAAGGAAUUUAAACAGGAUCUCACUAACAUUAAGAAGAACUUGGUAUUGUGUACGGGAGACAAAGACUGCCCCGUUCAUUGCAAAAGAUCACUGUUGAAAUGGAGCUUUUAUGGGAACCAGGAGGACAUCCAAGCACUAAUAAAUAGUUUAAGUACAAGAGGCAUUAGGGAAAGUGAACUUAGAAACAAUCUUGUACAAGAAAUGGACAAUUUGCUCACUAUUAUCAAUGAAUGUCCCAAACAUAGAUUAAAUCCUGAUGUAUUUUCAGAUCCUAACAAAGGGCAGAUUAAUAAGGCGACAAAGAAGAAUAAGUACGAAAAUUCAAACCUGAAUUUUCCUCCUGAAAUACCGGUCGACGAAGUGAUGGAAUUGACUCUGAGAGAUUAUAUUUUAGACUUUGAAGAUAAGAUCAAGGCCGGCUGCUUGGGCUGCCUGAAGAUCGUCGAUCGUGAAAUUUGGAGGAAUACGAUCAAUCAGCGAGGUUACGAUAAGCAAUGUGAUAAAUUAGUAUGCGCUGGUAACGAGAUAGACAUAGAUAUACCUGCCAACAUCUUGAUAGACAAGAUAAAGAACGAAUCUAAAUACAGCAGACCCGGUACACCAGACUCUGAAGUUGGCAGUAUUAGCAUAAAGACUUACAGGGAUCCGGGCGUGUACUUAGGUUUAUCCAGCGAAAAUGAAAUAACGCCGGAUCAGAAGCAACAAGCGACCAUCAAACAGCUAGCCUGCGCCAUUCUGCAGUUGUCCCACGGCGUGGAGCAAAGAUACUUGCAUCGACCAUUGGGGAACGAUCAGAAGGACAAAAAGUGGUCGGGCGAGGAGGCACGAGAAAGAUGGGAGCAAUCGCUCAUGGCAUCGACAAAUUGGUCUCAGUUAUUUGUUCACUUAAGUACCUUAGAAAAUAGCGUCGCAUGGGACAGAAGUGUGUUGAACGCUCAAUGUCGCAUAUGUCGAAGGCGUAGAGAUGCAGAGAAUAUGCUGCUCUGCGACGAAUGCAACAAGGGACAUCAUUUAUAUUGUCUCAAACCAAAACUUAAUGCUGUACCAGAAGGAGAUUGGUUUUGUACGACGUGUAGACCACCGGUGAUAAAGCCUAAGGAAAAAACUCAGAAACGAAAGAGAUUCGAGGAUGAAAUGGAGGACGAAGCGAUACUGACCAAAGAAACACGACACAAUCGCGCAAAACGUGUAGUAACGUAUAGCGACGACGAGGCUAUAUCCGAUCAGGAAGAUGACGUUGAUGAAGAGAGCGACCAAGAUAUAAAUGUACGGUCGGAAAACAUAUGCGCAUCUUGCAAAAGCGGUGGAAAAUUGAUCACUUGCGACACAUGUCCUGAUCGUUACCACUUAGAGUGCGUAGAACCACCACUGUCGAGAGCUCCUAGGGGAAGGUGGUCCUGUACCAAGUGCAAGGAUAAAAGAAGGAAUGUUACAAAAGUGAGGGGGCGCGAAAGGGAAAGAGACAAGGAGAGGCUGUGCGCAGCAGCAGCACGCUCUCGCAUCCAUGGCUUUGCCAAGAGCCUCCUCACUACAGAAUCUACAGACUGGGACGAUAGUAGCACGUCGGAGGACACUGAACCGAGGCAAACACGGCGCGCGACUAAGAGGGCGGCCGAAAUCGAACACGAGGAAGAUAAGAGUUCGAUCAAGGGAUCUAUGGCGAGAUUGCAGGAAUUACUCUCCGACAUCAGGCACCACCGAGACUCGUGGCCAUUUCUCUCACCCGUUACGAAGGACGAAGUUCCAGAUUACCACGACAUCAUUUCUAAUCCGAUGGAUUUCGGUACAAUUAAAUAUAAACUCGGCAACGGUGAUUAUGAAAGAGUAGAUGAGUUUUUUAACGAUUGCCAGCUGGUCUUCGAAAACUGCAGAUUGUACAAUAAGGAGCACAGUUCCGUUUACAGCUACGUGUACAGGGCAGGCACGCGAUUACUCAAGUACUUGGAAAAACGCUGCAAAGAAUUGGGAUUGGAUUUCGAUGAAGCGCUGUUUCAAGAACCCAAGGCCAAAAGAAUGAGGUUGAACGGCGAUGGUCUUGAAGAAAAUGGAAUGACCGACAGCGAGGACGAUGAAGAAGCACAGAAAAGAAGAUAGAAACAAGAUAUAUACAUAAUAUAUAUUUCAUUAUGCAUACAUAUGAGAUUUUUGAAUCUGUGCUACUAAAUUUUAUAUAUUUUCAAUUCAUACGGACCUAUGUAUCAAUACCAAAUGGUGAAUAGAUUUCGGUAUAUAGCUCAAGACUUUUAUAAACUAUGUACCGAUUCUUUUUGAAGCAACAAGAAAUUACGCCAACAAUUUGCAAAAUAUUACAACUGUAAAAUUUUACUUCGCUGAAUCAGUCACGCGUGUACAUGAAGAAGAUUUCCUUUACUCUCUAGAAUUUAUUUUUUUUCGAGGCUUGUAAUAAAGAUGUAUGCAGUAUUAUUUGCAAGAAUUCAUAUACAUAAGUCGCACUACAUAUACUUUUAGGUAUAUUAUUGCACGUUUGCAUUACAUUGCAUGUACACAUCUCAAAACAAACAUAAACGAGCAGCGAGUCAGUCCCAUUUGCUUUGAAUUGUACAAGAGUAGUACUAUUUUCUUUAUAAGUGUAUUGUAAAGAGGAGAAACUAUUUGUUAUUAUGAAAUUAUUAAUAUUCUCGCAUUUCCUUCUCGACAAUUAUUUAUUAUUUUUUUAUUCGCGCACCUCACAUAUUCUCUUAUCUAUGGUUAUUAUUAAUGAUCGUUCACUGUAUACUUGGUAAGUUAAAGUUUAGAAAUUUUAGUUCCCCUUUUUCUCAAGAGACAAUAUACAUACAAGGUUUAACCGUAGAACACGAAAAUUAUGGCGUGAUAGUUGAGAUACAUCAAAAUUCAAGGUUGCUUAGUUUUAGAUGAAAACUGCUUGUGGAACAUGCAUAAACGUUACUCAUAAAUUCAUGUUUGUAGAUCCAGACAAUAAAGUUGGAUACUUUUGUA